GAUGCAGAUUGAGCAAUCGGCUGCUCUGGGUCGGAUGGGGAUGAGGAGAGGAGGCAAGAUUAUGGAGCUGGAAGAGAGCAGUACUUUUCUUCAUCUCAAAAGGAGCAUGACACAAAAGGUUCGCAUCUGCUUUGUGGUGCUUUUGGUGCUUUGUGUGAGCUGUGGAAAUGCACAGGAGUUGAAUCCUAGAGGAAGGAAUGUAUGCAAAUCGCAAGGAUCAUUCAGUUUUUCAUGCUGCCCGGGGUGGAAACAACAGGGAGAAGAAUGCUUAAUCGCUAUAUGUGAAGGCAACUUUACGUGUAAGGAAAAUGAAGUCUGCGUUAGGCCCAAUGAAUGUCGAUGCCGCCAUGGUUACUUUGGAGCCAAUUGUGAAACAAAAUGUCCCAAGCAGUUUUGGGGUCCUGACUGCAAAGAAAAGUGUGCCUGUCACCCUAACGGCCUGUGUGAUGAUGUUAUUGGCCAGUGCACAUGCAAUUCCAACCGCUGGGGUCCCAACUGUGAAAAUGCAUGUCUCUGUAAACAUGGCAAAUGUGAUCAAGAGACUGGAAAAUGCACAUGUGAAUCCAAUUGGUGGGGCCCUCAGUGUUCAUCUGCCUGUUAUUGCAGUACAAAUUCCCAAUGUGACCAGGCAACAGGGAGGUGCAUUUGUCAGCCAGGAUGGUGGGCCCGAAGCUGUAACAAUCAAUGUUCAUGCAACAACUCCCCAUGUGAACAAAUGACUGGACGCUGUUUGUGUCGGGAGAGACUUUGGGGGCCGCGUUGUGAAAGAAUUUGCCAGUGUUUAAAAGGGAAAUGUAACCAGGCAGAUGGAACCUGCACUUGUGAUCCUGGGUAUAGGGGCAAAUACUGCAGAGAACCCUGUCCAGCAGGACUUUAUGGACAGGGUUGUAGGAGACGAUGUGGUCAGUGUAAAGGGCAACAGCCUUGCACCAUCGCAGAAGGAAAAUGCAUUGCAUGUGAAGCAGGUUGGAAUGGAACAAAGUGUGACCAGGUCUGCUCCCAUGGAUUUUAUGGAGAAGCGUGUGAGAAGGAAUGCCCACCAUGCAAAGAUGGACAUACCUGCAAUCACAUCAAUGGGAAAUGCUCACACUGCAAUCCUGGCUGGAUUGGUGACCGGUGCGAGUCCAAAUGCCGCAAUGGUACCUAUGGUGAGAACUGUGCAUUUAUCUGCACCGACUGCUAUAAUGGCGAGUGCCACUUUGAAACUGGGAAGUGUCUCUGUAGUGCAGGAUCCUAUGGACCAUACUGCAAUAUGACAUGCCCAGCUGGCCAGUUUGGUGUGAAUUGUGACCAAUAUUGCAACUGCCACGAUAAUAAAUGUGAUCCAGUGAGUGGAGAUUGUCACAUGGAAGCCAAUCAACGUAUGGGUGUGAUUGGAGCAGGAGCUCUCGUAGCCUUACUCCUAAUUCUCCUCUUAUCUUUACUGUGUUGCUGUUGUGUCUGCCGCAAGAAGGAGGAAUCUGCCGAUGGGACUACAGGCCAGGUGGCAAAUAAAAAAACUCAACGUCGGUUUUGUGGACGGUUUAGCAGAAUCAGCAUGAAGUUGCCAAGAAUUCCCUUGCGCAGGCAGAAAUUGCCAAAAGUUGUGGUGGCUCACCAUGACAUGGAAAACACAUUUAACUGCAGUUUCAUCGAACCUCCAUCAGCUGUAGAACAGCCAUCCCCAUCGUGGUCUUCUCGUGGAUCUUUCUCAUCGUUCGAUACCACUGAUGAUGGUCCAGUUUACUGUGUUCCUCAUGAAGAAUCUGUAACAGAUUAUAAAGAGAAAGGAAGCACAACCGUGGCUGAGAAGAUGACUCCUACAAUUAAUGAAGAAGAAGCAGGUGAAUAUACCUUCCUGAAAGAGUCUGGAUCCCCUAAAUCAUUGAAGGCUGACAACAGUGAAACCCCACUUCUGAAGUCAUCAGAUAGUGAGAGAUCCUCAUGUGGCUCUGGUUCUAAUGGAGGAGCUCUCUAUGCUAAGGUUGCAAGAUUGUCCAAGCAGUCCAAAGAUGAAGAUGACUCUCUGAUGGAUAAUAAAAGUGCUACUAUUGGUGGAAAACCGCCAUCACCAGAAAGAACAAAACCACCUCCACCUGAUCCAUCAACAAAGCCUAAAGUAUCUUGGAUUCAUGGGAAGUUUAAUUCAAACCAAUCUAACUCUUUACCAGUUUUCAACAAACCCAAUGAUAAAACAGUAGGUCAUUGUGAACAAUCUGACCAGAACCAAGGGGCUAAAGAGCAUCAUAGGAAAAGAACCCCUAGUGACACAUGCCCUGCUGGUCAUGGCAAAAAUGAAGAUAAGGUUGUUAUGAGAAAUAAAGACAAGGCACAAAAGCAAACCAAGGACUCGAGCACUACAGAGCCUAGAUCAUUGGAUGAACCCCAAUCACCAUCAAAAACAAAACAUAGGAACAAAACAAGUCAUGAUCACAUAGAAAACAUUAAUGGGACAGUGCAAAAUGCACUCAAGAAGAUAGGCAACCUACAUAUUGAAAGAAAGAGUGGUGAUAUGAAAGAAGCUCCAAAAAGUCCUGAUCAUGGCAAGUAUCGCUCAGAAGUCAUUCACCCACACUUAUCUUCAGAGGCAGCUACAUUACUAGCUGCCCAGUUAAAAGAAAAAACUCAAAGCCUAAACAGAAUUGAAAACAACACCAAUCAAAAUGGUAUAGGCCCUCUCAAAUCACAGAAAGAUAAGCCCACACCUCCACAGAAAGCCAAGCGAUCUGCAGCUAGUAUAAACCAGAAGUCCAGUAAGCCAAUCCUUCCAACUACAACCAACCUGCAAAAAAUGAUUAGUCCUGUUUCAGAGACAGUUCCCACCAACACAAAUACUGUUGAAAAACAAAACUCUGAUAGUAGCCAGGAACAGGCUUCAAGUAUAAAGCAGGAAAGCGGAGAACCAGCAAUUAAAAAAACACCCAUUAAGAAGCCCCCUCGGAAGAAAAGUAAAGAUGCCACUUUGGACUCUGAUGGAAAAACACAAUCAAAAAUGGCCAUAAUGCCCCCUCAAUCUGUAAAAUAAACAUAGUAAUUUUGCACAUCUGUAUUAUCUCCAUAAAAAGGGCAUUAAGAAGGAUGCUGUUAAAUUCUGCAAUAUACAUUCAUGUAUAUUGCUGUAGCCACAUGUUGAGCCAAAGAACUGAAUGCUGUCCUUUAAGAAAUUCCACGGACAAGGAAUGUGGAAAACAAUUUGUGAUAAUCCAAGGUUUGUGCAGAUGCAAGUGGGACUUGUUACUGGUUUGGAAUGCUUCUAUAUAAAACUCACUAACGUAAAAGGAGUACAUCAAGUCAUGGUUCUCAUUUCCCAACUUUCUUUGUAUGGAAAUAAAGACCAUGUCUGUAGAGGAAAGGAUGUGAACAUAGAAAUAUUGAUAAACCUAUCUCUCAAAUACCCCACAAACAGAAUGGAGAUUUUGGUUUGUAAAAUGAUAAAAGCACCAUAACAUCAGAAAUGCAGAAUUCCUCAGUGCGGUUUGAUUAUUUUACUGCAGAUUGAUAACCAUAUACAGUUUAUACAAUUUAUUUUGCUGUUUCAUUAUACAUUUUAUUUUUAUUUUACUUUUUAUAUUUUUGUAGGGCGAGAGUGCAGUCUACAGCCAAUUCCAUUCUUUAUUAAUUACUAAAAAAAAAAGUCUUUAAUAUUUAAUGUCUUAAAUUGAAAGAACAAACCUAA